AUGCAAAAUAGUAAUAAUUUAGGUUUAUCUUUAGAAAAAAAAGAUUAUCAUAAUAAAAGUAAAAUUAUUGAUAAUGAUGAUAAUAAUAAAGAAAAAAUUUAUUGGUUAAAUUAUGAUAUUGAAAAUAUUAAAAAAGAAUUACAAGAAUUACAAGAUGAAGAAAAUCAAAUUUUAAAAGAUUUAGAACCUUUUAAAAAACAAAUUAAAGAAUUAGAAGAAAUUGAAAAACGUAAUCUUGAUAAAGUUCAUACAUAUAAUGAAAUUAAAGAUGCAACUCAAAAUCAAAUAGGUAAAUUAGCAGAAUAUGAAGGUGUUACAAUAAUUCAAAUGACUAAAAAACUUGGCAUAUUUUUGAACAGUGAUGAAAAAUAG